CUUCACGUCAGUCGCCGAGACUUUUCCUGAACUCGUAAUCCAAGUAGCUACACACGCUUCAGCCAAUAGGAUUCAGAGAAGUUGUCAACUCCCAUCUUUCGUGGACACGAUGGCUGCCUAGUCCCCGAGGUGUUCGAACCGGUUAAGCUUCAUUUCGCUUUUAAUGCAUGAGCAGAAUAUUGAAGAUGUCAGUAUUUCUUAUCGCCAAGAAUUUGCACUUAACAACCAGGCCGUCUAUCCGGGCCAUUCGACCUCUCCUGAGUAGUUUUUAUCACACCAAAAAAGGGGUCUACGGGUACAAACCAGGGGGGUCCAACACAGACGUGAACUUGAAGAGUGGGCAUAUCUCUUCUCUUAAUCAAGAUCAUGGGCUUGCACGACUGGUGGAAGCCUAUAGAGCACAUGGACACAAGGCAGCUAAAAUUAACCCUUUAUUCCCCGACAAAGCAGUUAUGGAUAUGGUACCUGAAAUAAGCGUUUUAAGUGGAGCAUUGCAAGGCCCGUUCAACACAAGUGGGCUGAACCAUUUUGGCAAAGUGGAGGCGUCAUUAGAGGAAGUACUCGAGUACCUGAACCACACAUACUGUGGGCACGUCUCUGUGGAGAUUAUGCAGCUCCAGAGCUUAGAGGAAAGGGAGUGGUUGGCAGAUCGUUUCGAGGAACUGAAGAAGGAGGCGUUCUCUCCAGAGGAGAGGAGGCAGCUUGCCAGGCUCAUGUUGGAAUCUCAGGAAUUUGACCACUUCUUGGGUACCAAGUUCGCCACUGUGAAGCGAUACGGGGGAGAGGGAGCAGAGAGCAUGAUGGGAUUUUUCCACGAGCUGUUCCGGCUGGCAGCGUUCAGCGGGGUGUCCGACGUGAUCAUGGGAAUGCCCCACCGCGGGAGGCUGAACUUGCUGACCGGGCUCAUGCAGUUCCCCCCUGAGCUGAUGUUCCGGAAAAUGCGGGGCCUGAGCGAGUUUCCCGAGAACUCCCCCUCCAUUGGGGACGUUCUCUCCCACCUGACCUCCUCCGUGGACCUUGAUUUCGGGACUGGGCUCCCCAUCCGUGUCAGCAUGUUGCCCAACCCAUCCCACCUGGAGGCCAUCAGCCCUGUGGCCCAGGGCAAAACCCGUGGCAAACAGCAGGCCAGUCAGGAGGGGGACUAUUCCCAGGAGAGCCAUGCUCAGCCAGGGGACAGGGCCAUCUGUGUGCAGGUUCACGGGGAUGCUUCCUUCAGUGGCCAAGGAAUUGUCGCUGAAACCUUUACUAUUUCACUCCUACCCCACUACAGAGUAGGUGGAAGCAUCCACCUCAUUGUCAAUAACCAAGUGGGUUAUACCACUCCAGCUGAGAGAGGGAGAUCUUCGUUGUACUGCAGUGAUAUCGGUAAGAUCGUGGACUGCGCCGUGAUCCACGUGAACGCCGACGACGCCGAGGAUGUUUUGCGGGCGACGCGGCUGGCGGUGGAGUACCAGAGGAGGUUCCGGAAGGACGUGAUCGUGGACCUGCUCUGCUACCGGCAGUGGGGCCACAACGAGCUGGACGAGCCCUCCUUCACCAACCCGGCCAUGUACAAGAUCAUACGCUCCAGGAAGAGCAUCCCAGACCUCUACGCUGAGCGGCUGAUCUCAGAAGGCCUGAUGACGGAGGCGGAGCGGUCGGAGAUCAAGACGUCCCACUACAGCAUGCUGAACGAGUGCCUGGCCAAUACGGCCCUGUACAGUCCUCCCCCCACCAACCUGCAGGGCAGCUGGGGCGGGCUGGUGGAGCCCCAGGCCCGCAUCUCCACCUGGGACACGGGCAUGCCCGCCCAGCUGCUGCAGUUCGUGGCCGCCCGGUCCGUGGACAUACCCAAACACAUUCAGCUGCACGGCCACCUGGAGAAGACUCACGUGCAGGCCCGGCUCCAGAAGCUGGAGGAGGGCACCAGGCUGGACUGGUCCACCGCGGAGGCCAUGGCGUUCGGUUCACUGCUGUGUCAAGGGUUUAACAUUCGCAUUAGCGGGCAGGACGUAGGGCGUGGCACCUUCAGCCAACGCCACGCCAUGGUGGUGUGCCAGAGUACUAAUGAUAUGUACAUCCCCCUGAAUCACAUCGUGCCAGAACAGAAGGGCUUCCUGGAGGUGUGUAACAGCGCCCUGUCCGAGGAGGCUGUGCUUGGGUUCGAGUACGGGAUGAGCAUCACCCUGCCCAAACUCUUGCCCAUAUGGGAGGCGCAGUUUGGGGAUUUCUUCAACGGAGCGCAGAUAAUCUUUGACACGUUUCUCUCAGGAGGUGAGGCAAAAUGGCUCCUGCAGUGCGGGAUGGUCAUCCUGCUGCCGCACGGCUACGACGGGGCGGGGCCAGAGCACUCGUCCUGCAGGAUCGAACGCUUCCUGCAGAUGUGUGACAGUAAAGAGGACGGUGUUGACGGUGAUAAUGUGAACAUGGGCGUGGUUAACCCCACGACCCCGGCGCAGUACUUCCACCUGAUCCGCCGCCAGAUGAUCCGCAACUUCCGCAAGCCGCUCAUCGUAGCCUCGCCCAAGACCCUGCUGCGCUUCUCGGGUGCCGUUUCGAGCCUGGCUGACAUGGCUCCAGGAACGUCCUUCAAACCCGUGAUCGGUGACCCCUCUGUGACCCCUGCUAGUGUCCAGCGGGUGGUGCUGUGCUCAGGGAAGCAUUAUUACGCCCUGCUGAAGCGGAGGGAGGCGUCGCCAGCCGCUGAGAGCACUGCACUGAUCCGGUUGGAGGAGCUGUGCCCCUUCCCCCUCGAGGCCCUGCAGAAGGAGCUGGUCCAGUACAGCAGCGCUAAAGAGUUUAUAUGGAGUCAGGAAGAGCCUCAGAAUAUGGGUCCCUGGUCUUACGUGGCUCCUAGAUUUGAGAAGCAGCUGGCCUGCAAGCUACGACUGGUCAGCAGGCCGGCCCUCCCCGCCCCGGCGGUGGGCAUUGGAACCCUGCACCAGCAGCAGCAGGAGACCAUCCUCACCGAUACCUUCGCUUAAGGGACCACUCCUGUGCCUACGACCCCGGAGAUGCCGAGGAACGCAGAGCUGAAUCUACUUCUCAAACUCAGGCACUUAAAAGGGAAUGUGGUGUGAGGCUUUGGGGGAAUCGUUUAUAAUCGGUGAUAUCAGUUGAAGCCCUUCAAGAGCUGGCAGCAGCAAUCCUUUUUGAGACAUUCGGUCAGAAAUUAGGAGCUACGUUUUGCAGUUAAAACUGUGGCAAGACUGUGGAUGCAGUUUCAUUGCUUGAAACCUAACCUUUCUCUGUUUUAAUAGAAAUCGCGGGGGGCUCAUCUUCAGAUGAAAGUGGUGAGGUCUAUUAAGAAUUGGUGCAAGCACAAUAGAACACUUUGACGAAUGUUUUUACUUUGUACAAAAGGUUCUUCAGCAUCUGUGUAGGUUGUAGGUGUUUUGGUUACUGCAGCAUACGGCAUUUCAGCUUUGGCAGUUGUAUUGUCGAGACUACCAACAAUAUAACAUAGAAACAUAUGGUUUAAUCUUUCCACUAAUCUAUUUUUUCACAGUACAUUUUUAUUGAAAAUGGCAGAAGACAGAUUAUCAUCAAACUUUAAAAAAGCGCUUAUAAAUCCAUUUGGUAUCGUCUGUGUCUACUGGUAUAGAGUCCUCACACCAUCAUUUAUAAUUCUGUAGCAGCAUUAGUCAGACUACCUGUAUUUGUUCAGAUCUUCAUGGCAUUAACAUGUAAAAACUUGAAACAUGGUUACUAAGACUUUAAAAGUAAACCUUUUAAUAUAUAUUUUCGUAAACUGUAAGCAGAAAUCUUGGCUUUGAUUCUUGAAAGUACUGUACAAAUGUUCAGUUAUCAGCAACCUAGCUCUUUCAGAGCAAAAUGGAUGGUUAGAGGUAAAAACCAGUUUAAUCAGUUUAAUUUGAAUGUUACGAUAUAUUUUGCAUUAAGAUUACUGUUGUUGCAGGUACAAUUAAAAGGUUUAUGCACUGUUACAGCAUUUUAAUGUUAACGUCUCUAAGAAAUGUUUCAUAAGAGAAGUCUUCCAUUCUUGCUAAGUGCAGGUAACUAAACUUUUUUUUCUUCAACUUGGUUUACUUGGAUACUUUGUAGGACAAAUAUUAGAUUGGAAAUCAGUUAUUUAAUUUCAAUAAAAAAGAGGUUAGUAAUAGUUAGCAGUUCUUUACAAAGUGCUUUUAGGACAGCUGCCUUACCCUGCUGUCUCCCUGAAUACUGCAAAAAAUACAAAAGAAUAGCAGAAGAUGCCUGCUCCUUGGGGUUUAUGUGAAUGUUACUCCUGUAAUGUCAUCAAGCACGUGGAAUGCAUGCUGCUUGUGGAAGUGCAAGGGUUAUUUCUGCAAGUUCUGGACAUUGCAUAUUCUGUUAAUUUACCCAGCAAUCUGCCUAGAUUCUACUGUAAUACUAUAACGGAGCUGGCUGUUCCUGGUGAGGUUUAUUUUAUUUUAUUUUUCACUGGCAUAAUACUGCGGUCUAAUUUUACUAGCACAAUUCACCUGUACAAUGCAAAUUGCAUGCCCAUGUACAGAAUUGUUUUGUACGCGAGUGCUUAGACCAACUACCCAUAACUGACUGUACAACACUGGACAUACAAAAUUUAGACUAAUGUAUAAUUUUUAGGGAUGGUUUUGGAGGCAAAGAUUAAGCUUAGCGCUGGACUAAAUUGAGUGGGUAUGAAGAAUCUCCGUUCAAAAUGUAAUUUAGUCUAGGGCUAGGUGUAAUCUGCAUCUGUGAAACCGGCCCAUACUGUUGCAUAUGCUUCUCCCCUGUGGAAAGCUCAGUCUGGUCCGGCAAGUUUCCAUUUUGAUUAGUCUCAAUGGCGUAAGAGUUUCAUUAGAUUUUCUUGGGGGCCUUGCUUGUUGACAAAGAUGCAGAAAUUCCACGAACGUGAUUGCGGAUAUGAGAGGAAUAGUUCAUAGCUGCUCCUGUGAAAUUCUUCUUCUUUUUUUUGGUGUUUAAAUUGGGGAAGCGUUUUUUUGGAUUGGAACGGAGGAUACAGUCAAUUGCUGUAACUGGCCUAUUCGUUUUACAGAACAGCUUGUAGCUUGUCCCAAUUUAAAAAUGGUUUACUUGCUCCUGUUAUGUUCAUUCUCUGGUUAAGUGCACAAGUCAUGGGAGUCUUGAGCACAAGCGCCUGACAGAAGUCUCAUUCAAAAGAGCAAAGUGCAGUAAUGGCAGUACAGGGUAGGACAUCACCUCUCACUGUUUCAGAGAACAGAUACAUGAGAAAAUAAAAUAAAAAUGUUCAAUAUCAAGCUUU